AUGGACGCGAGCUCGGGAUCCAGCUCGCCCUCUGCGAUACGUCCUUCCAGGUACUGCGUCAACACGCGGCGAUUCUGCGCAGGCGUGGCCACGCUCGUGGGGGCGAGCAAGUCAGCUCUAUCCCGGGCACUCUGCGCAGAUGCGGCCCUGCCCACAAUCUUGGGGGCGGACCCCGAAGGUCCACCCCGGCGUCCUUACGCAGCCGUCAGGACUGUGGUGUCGCCGUGUUUGGCUACGGCCUCCGUUCUUGCGCAGCUCCCCGGCCGCCUGCGGCUUCUGCCUCCGGGCAGGUGGGCGAUCUCCCCGCGCGCGGCCCUUCACGGCUCCACGCCGCGCUCCGGGGCCAGGGUCGCGCUGGUUUUGUCUGGAUGCGGCGUCUACGACGGGACCGAGAUCCACGAGGCCUCAGCGAUCCUGGUCCACCUGAGCCGCGGGGGUGCUGAUGUUCAGAUCUUUGCCCCGAAUGCACCACAGAUGCAUGUGAUUGACCACACAAAGGGGCAGCCUUCGGAGGGAGAGACCAGGAAUGUUCUGACAGAAUCAGCAAGGAUUGCACGCGGCAAGAUCACUGACCUGGCCAAGCUCCGUGCCGCUGACCAUGAUGCUGCCAUCUUCCCGGGAGGAUUUGGAGCAGCCAAAAACUUGAGCACGUUUGCUGUGGACGGGAAGGACUGCAAAGUCAACAGUGAUGUGGAACGUGUCCUGAAGGAAUUUCAUGGUGCUGGGAAGCCCAUCGGCCUGUGCUGCAUCGCACCCGUCCUUGCAGCCAGAGUGCUGCGGGGUGUGGAGGUCACCGUGGGCCACGAGCAGGAGGAAGGUGGCAAGUGGCCUUACGCUGGUACUGCAGAGGCCAUCAAAGCCCUGGGUGCCAGGCACUGUGUGAAGGACGUGACCGAAGCCCACGUGGACCAGAAAAACAAAGUGGUCACCACCCCCGCCUUCAUGUGUGAGACUGCACUCCACCACAUCCACGACGGGCUCGGGGCCAUGGUGCGGAAGGUGCUAGAACUUGCCGGAAAGUGA